CUCAGAGCUAGUGUUGGUGCCAAGCCGAAUCUACUUGACAAUGACAUCGACGAAGGCACUGCGACUCGAAGGCACCUUCACCGCCCUUGUCACGCCGUUCGUGAGCCAAACAAAGGCCAUAGACUUCCCAUCCCUUCGCCGUAUCGUGGACGAUCAAAUCGCUCGGGGCAUCAAUGGUUUGCUUUCGAUGGGAUCGACAGGUGAAUUCUGUACGGUCACCCACGACGAGCACGACAAGGUCAAUGCUGCCGUAAUCGAGUACGCCGCCGGUCGCGUUCCUGUGAUCGCUGGCACGGGGUCGAACAGCACGGAGGAAGCCAUUCGACUCACCCAGGCGGCCAAAGAUGCGGGCGCAACAGCAUGCUUGGUGGCAGCUCCGUACUACAACAAGCCUUCACAACGCGGAAUGUACGAACAUUUCAAAGCGGUGCAAGACGUGGGCCUUCCAGUGAUUCUUUACUGCAACUCAGCGCGUUCGGGGGCCACCAUGACGAUGGAAACCGUGGUUGCGUUGGCAAAACUGCCGCACGUUUUCGGAUGGAAAGAGGCGACGGCGUCUCUCGCUCAAGCCUCCAACGUGGCGGCUCGAACAGAUCUCGCUAUUUUCGCGGGGGACGAUGUGUUGACGCUUCCCAUCAUGGCCAUCGGCGGUGUGGGGGUCACGAGUGUUCUCUCCAACAUUGCGCCAGAGAAAGUGCUUGCUAUCACCGAUGCCAUGCGCCGUGGCGAUUAUGCCGCUGCCCGCGCAGCCCAUUUUGAAUCUGUUCCGUUGUGCAAUGCGAUUUUCGACAACGAAGUGAACCCACAAGGGGUGAAAAAAGCACUCGAGUUGCUUGGGUAUUGCUCUGCAGCUUGUCGACUCCCCCUGGUCGAAGCGUCGCCCGACACGGCGGCGAUCCUCACCAGGCAGCUCAAGGCGAGCGGGUUGCUUCGCUGAGCCCGUCGCUUGCGUUGUACCCACGCCUAACUUGAAGCGCUUUCCUUCUUGGAUAUACUUGACAUUGACAUCGGUGAAUCCGUCGUGGAUGGCAUGCCGCGCCGAGCGAUGCUUCAAGGCAUGGGUCGACCUGCGUCAUGCAAUGGCAUGCACAUAUGCAAAGUGCUCUCCCCAACGUGCCCCGUGAGGGAGAUGAAUCCCCAAUGGACAAGUUGGCGAGGACAUGGCUUGUCCAGUGGGGUACACUGUUCCAAAUGUUACGGAAAUAGAUAUCGGUAUGAGUAGUCUAGCAAUCUUCGUCAAAGAGGAGAGUGGUGUCGUCGUAGUCCUUGCCGAUAGCUACAAUGAGGUCGCGAACGUAAUGCUCGAUGACGGCUUGGGUGGCGACGACUGCAUCCAGCACUUCCUGGUGGGACGCCGGGAUCGCCGUGCGUUGUUGUCCAGGCAUGACCACUUUGUUCGUGAUCAAGCUCAGACCAAGAAUGUGCAUGCCGCAGUGCCGUGCGACAACCACUUCAGGCACAGUACUCAUCCCGACCGAGUCGCCACCGACAAGUCGAAGCAGUUUUGAUUCCGUGGGGGUUUCGUAGGUUGGGCCACUCACAAAGCAGUACACACCGUUGCGGCGUACCUUUUGCGAGAUCCCGUGUUGCUUGGCAAUGCGCCAUGCCAAGUUUUGCAGCUUGAUGUCGUAGCAAUCCGACAAGGGGGUGAAGCGUUCGCCAAACCGGUCGUCGUUGGGCCCGACCAACGGGUGCUUGCCGGCCAUACCAGGCAUAUUCAAGUGGUCGCUCAUGAUCAUGAGAUCGCCGACGUUAUAAUCGGGGUUAAGACCGCCGGCCGCAUUGGUGACGACGAGGAACUUUACCCCGAGAAGGCACAUCACGCGAAUCGGCAAUGUCGUUUGUCGCACAUCAUGGCCUUCGUACGUGUGGAAGCGUCCUCGCAUGCACACGACUUGGAGAUCAUCAAUGUAACCAAACACCAAUUCUCCAGCGUGUCCCGCAACGGUGGACUUUGGAAAGCGCGGGAUAUCGUUGUAGUGGAUGGUUUGCGUGUUGGUCAAGCACUUGGACAAACCACCAAGGCCAGAUCCACACACGACAAGGAUCGUCGGUCGAAUCGUCGUGUGUUCCUUGAGGUAGUCAGCAAUGAUAUCGACGUCGUCGCGGGCUUGAACGACAGGCAUCGUGGACGACUUGACGAGUGGGUUAUGUGGCGACAUCACACGAGGCGACGACAUCGGGUGCGCGUGCUCGGGAGUUGAGUCGCCCGUACCGCGCGUGUGUGCAAUGGUCGACGGGACGGGCGGGAUGUUAUCGAGCGUGAUGGGCUGUUGUUGCAUUAUCGUGGCAAGUUGUGGAAUGAAGAAGGAGGAACUGGCGGCGGCGGCGACGGUGCUCCAAACGACGAAUGAAUGCAUGCUGCACCCAACCGACCGGCCUGCG